AUGGACAAGGUCGAUCUGCUCCUAUCGUGCCUCGAACAACCGAUUUUCUCCACGCCCGAGGCUUCUGCGGGCGUUCCGCUUGUCCUGAAACAACACGGCUUUCCGGCGGAAAUGGUUGCGUUGCAGCAACGGAACUUCACCAAGGAGGCGCGCCUCGCUCUGGGGGCCGUUCGCAAGGUCGGGAGUGGGACGACCAAUGAGGCAGUCUUCAGUGGUUGGCAGACACAGUUUGCGGUCUUCGCGAAUGCCCGGGCUGCGGCGCUGGACGACCUCGACAAGCUGCUUGACUACGUUCGCGGAGAGACGGCGGUCAAUCUCGUCCUAAACACCGCGGAGCUUGCGGUCCGGGACCUUUCCCAGGGAGAUGAUCCUUUGCGGGACUGGGCUCAGGUACAGGCCAGGGAGACUUCCUGGGGCGAGGCCUACAACGCCGCAGAGUACCUCGACUUGGCCAAUAAAGCGCGAAGCGCCGCGGAAGGGGAGCCGUGGCAGUGGGUGGUCUACCAACAAUUUACCACCGAUUUCCGUGCUGCCUCGCUCCCGCGCGACGACUGGGAGGUACAGUUCAAGGAGGUUCUUACGGAGCAGGCGAAGAAGUAUGUCGACGUUCAAGCGACAGCCCAAGAUGGAGCUAGUACGAAUUCUACGGAAACGUCCACUCCUCCCCCAGUGUCUAUGAGAGACAUUUAUGCGAAAGCCGCAGAAGAUAUCGUCAAAAAUACAACAUCGCCGCUCGGUCAAAAAGUGGAUGAGCUUGUUGGCUUGCAGUGCGCUGCUGCCGUCGCCACUCUCCUGGAGGUCAAGUUUGGGCUUAACUUCUCUCAAUUACAAAAUGCCACCGCUCUACGCAAGCUAGCGAAUUUCAAAGACACUGAAGCACAAUUGGAGUUCUUACAUGCGUUUUACACGAAAAACUCGUCGGGCCUCGGUAUGGGCGUUCUAGUUCUUUUCGAGAUCCUGCACCACGGAGCGAGCAAGGAGUUGGGAGAAAUCGCGUUGCUGAAAGACGAAGAAAAGCGUGUCGAGGUGAACAAAAUUUUGUUUUUGGUGCAGCGUCCGAACUAUGAGCUGCCGAAACCGGCACCGGCACCUCCGGCACCGGCACCUCCGGCACCAGCACCUCCGGCACCGGCACCGGCACCUCCGGCACCGGCACCACAAGCGUUUCUUCAAAACCCGUCGCCCAGCAAGGUUGGCACAAGCCGCCCUGUCACGGUUGCGUAG